UAUAAUUAGUGUACAUGAGGGCAGCAGCUCACCAGAAGACCUGAGGCCGAGGUGAGUUGCUCUAGGCAGGCAGAACGAUAGCUCAAUGGGAGCAGACGCGCAUCGACUGACUUAGUUGCCUGGCGGGAGGGAGAUGGCCAUGACUUCCGCUUCGCUGCCCGCAGCACUUUUGGCUCUGAGCCUCCUUGUCCACUUGGGUCCGUCACACUCGCUGGUCCCGCAGUCGGAAAUUCCAGCGGGCUUCCAGCAGGAGGCCGAGUCCUCCAAGUGCACCUCUUGCACCGUGGGCCAGGUGAGGAAGAACUCCAGCGACAUGGUGGAUGCGGUCAAGCGUCACAUCCUCAACAUGCUCCACCUGAGCGCACGACCCAACCUGACGCAAGCGCUGCCCCGCGCCGCGCUUCUCAAUGCCAUCAAGAAACUGCACGUGGGCCGCGUGGCCAACGACGGCAGCGUGGACAUCCAAGAGGACAGCGCCGACCCCGAGGCGCCCGGCGCCGCUGCCGCCCAGGUCAUCGCCUUUGCAGAACCUGGAGAGACCGGCAACACUCUGACCUUCGAGCUCCCCAAGGAAGGCGGCAAGGCAGCGCUGGUGGAGCGGGCCGAACUGUGGCUCUUCCUCAAGUUGUCCCGGGGCACUCGGGCCAAAGGCAAGGUGAAACUGCAGCUCCACCAGGCCGACCAGGACGUGCCCGUCGCCGAGAAGAUGGCGGACACACGCCGCAGUGGCUGGCACGUCCUGGCUGUCCCGCAGUGCAUCCAGUCUUGGCUGGACCAAGCCAAUGGGCCGCUCCACCUCAGGCUGUCCUGCCCGCUGUGCGCCGGGGCUGGCGCCACGCCCGUCCUGCCCUUGGUCGGCGACAACCAAUCCCAUCGGCCCUUCUUGACGGUGGCGUUGCGUGGCGGUGGAGAGGAGGCCGCUCGGCGGCGACGGACGGCUCGCAGCUUGGAGUGCGAUGGCAAAACGCGCACGUGCUGCAAGCAACGCUUUUACGUGAGUUUUCAAGACAUCGGCUGGAGCGACUGGAUCAUCGCGCCGUCCGGUUACCAUGCCAACUACUGCGAGGGAGACUGUCCCGCCGACCAUAUGGCAAGCGUCGGCGGCUCUGCGCUCUCCUUCCACACCGCCGUCAUCAACCAGUACCGCAUGAGGGGCUCCGAACUCUUCCCCAACGUCAAGUCGUGCUGCGUGCCCACGCGGCUGCGCGCCAUGUCCAUGCUGUACUUUGACGACGAGCAGAUGAUCAUCAAGAAGGACAUUCGCGACAUGAUCGUGGAGCAGUGCGGCUGCUCAUGA